GUAUUUAUGUAGGCAAUUCCAAACCUAAAGACCCAAACAUUUAUUUAAAAGAAUUCGUUGACGAGCUACAAACAUUAGUUAGAGAUGGAAUGAUUUGUAGGAAUAAACACUUUAAUAUCGGAAUAAGAGCAUUUAUAAAUGAUGCACCAGCAUGGGCAUUUAUUUUAGGAGUUAAACAUCAUUCUGGAUAUUAUUGCUGCAAUAAAUGUGUUCAGAAGGGAGAAAGAUUUGAACGACGAAUUAUCUUCAAAAAAGAGCAUAAUGUGUCUACAUGUAAUGAAAGUUUUAGAAACCGCUUGUACCCAGAUCACCACAAUAUAACCGAGGAACCUGCUUUAGAAAAACUUCAAAUCGAUAUGGUAGAACAAUUUCCUUUCGAUUACAUGCACGUUGUUUGCUUAGGGGUUGUGAAAACUAUAUUAGUGGCUUGGACAAGAGUAAGAAGGCAACCUUUUUCUUUAAGGCGUGACUCUAUAAGCCUUAUAAGUGCACAAUUUUGUUCAUUAAAAAUAUUUUUUCCAAAAGAAAUCAGCCGAAAACCAAGACCACUUGAUGAUUUAGAAAGAUUCAAAGCUACAGAGCUUCGUACAUUUUUACUAUACACUGGACCAGUAGUUAUGAAAGGCUUUUUAGAUACUGCAAGAUAUAAUCAUUUCUUGGUUCUCAGCUUGGGAAUAAGACUUCUCCUUCAUGAGGAAUAUUGCAAAACCAAAAAUGGGCUUGCCGAUGCUUUGCUAAAUAAAUUUGUUGAAGAAAUACCUACACUCUAUUCAUUUACAAUGUUAUCUUUUAAUUUCCAUUGCUUAACCCAUUUAAGUAGACAGGCGUUGAAAUUUAAUUCUUUAGAAACUAUUAGCGCCUUUCCUUUUGAAAACUUUCUAGGGCAGUUGAAAGUUAUGGUUAAAAAAAGCGACUUCGUAAUAGAACAGCUAUACAAUAGAAUUGUUGAGAAAAGCUUAUUGAAUGUUUUUCAUAAAGUAGACAAAUUUAAUAACAAUGUGCCCGGUCAAAAAAUAUAUC